AUGGAUCAAGAAGAUCAACGAGGACCUGGAAAGAAUAAGCGAACAUGGAUAGUUGAGGAAGACCAGAAGUUGGUUGAUGCAUUGUUGGAGUUACACCAAACUGGAAAGUACAAUGCUAAUCGUGGUUUCAAGUCUCGACACUAUAAUGUUGUUGAGAGGUUACUUGCCAUUUCACUACCCAAUUCAGGGUUAAAGGCUGAUCCGCAUAUCAGAUCAAGGAUGAAAACUCUUAAGACACAAUCAGUAUUGUGCCCACAAAAAUGCUACACAAUUCAAGAGAAAGCUUUUCCACACCUUGAUACCUUAUCUAUUGUGUUUGGUAAGGAUCGAGCAACAAGAAAGGGAAUGGAACACCCAUAUGAUGUUAUAGAAGAACUUGAUAGGAAAGCUGGCCAUGAUAUUGAUGCUGAUGAUAUACCGAGUCACAUUCUCAGGAGGUAA